UCAUUCUCAAGCGCAUUGCGGCAGUUCUUCCGUCAUGUGUAACACAGACUCUAAACAGGUUGGCAAAACGUCAAAUUUUUCCCGUUUUCACUCUGUGUAGACUGAGGUCAAACUGACUGUAUAGCAUAACCAUCUCACUGUGCAAACAUAUUAACACAUCAGCAUGUAAGCGUGUAAACAGAGCGGCACAUCUAGGAGCCAUAUCACUUCAAGUAAAUCGAGUUUUUUUCUCUUAUUUCAGGAACAGAACGAAAACUUCUCGCCCAACCCAACAAGGGCAACCACAAGAUUAUCCCAAGCUAGCGUAAUUAGUUAUGCCAGCCACUUUAGCCGGUCGGCAACCCGUAGGAACAGCGAGACUAGCAGUGUCGAUGGUAAAACAAUCAAAGACUUCUUUAAAAAUAUGAUGCGGAAAUUUUGCCCUGAUCGACCAAGGUAUUUCAAUCGACCGUUGGAGGACAAACAUGGCUGUAAUGAUGAGACCUUUAUUGUCAUCACCAGCCGCUUUGGAACGCCGCACGUGCACAGACUAAAUAAAGCCAAAUCUGUUUAUAUAUUUGGUCAAAAUCACCCUUUUAGGAAGUUUUCAUUGUAUAUAACUACAAAUCAAUAUUUUGAAAUUUUUGUUAUCCUAACUAUUUUAGUAAACUGUGUUUUUCUUGCAUUGACAAAUCCUCCAGAGGAGCCUGAAUAUGUGUUUGCAGCUAUUUAUACUGUUGAAAUGAUUCUCAAAAUAAUUGCCAAAGGAUUUGCUCUUCACAAAUAUGCGUAUUUACGAGACCCGUGGAAUUGGCUGGAUUUCGUGGUAGUAAUAUUUGGCUAUAUAACUUUUGCUCCUGGGGUGGCAAAUCUCUCUGGAAUCAGGACAUUCCGAGUGUUUCGAGCUCUCAGAACCAUAUCAGCCGUAAAAGGUCUAAAGAUGAUGGUGAACACUCUCCUUGCAUCCAUGAAGAUGUUAUGGGAUGUACUCAUUCUCACAAUGUUCUUUAUUUGUAUCUUCGCACUUGUCGGCAUGCAAGUAUUUGUGGGUGUAUUGAGAAAUAAAUGCACGGAGCCUGGGCCCGAGAAUCUUCAAAUUUCUUACAAGGAUUACGCAUCCAAUCCAAAUGUUUGGAUACUUGACUCUGAGGACAGACCCAUCGUCUGUGGAAAUAAUUCUGGAGCUGUGCACUGUUCAGCCAAUCACAGCUGUCUUCCAGACGCAGGGGCUAAUCCUAAUUAUGGAUAUACGAGUUUUGAUCAUUUCGGCUGGGCCAUUAUGACGUCAUUCCAGCUUGUUACCUUGGACUUUUGGGAGAAUGUGUACAAUAAUAUCCUUUACGCCCUGGGUCCGUGGACAGUGAUCUAUUUCCUGUGCAUCGUGUUGUUUGGCCGAUUUUACCUGAUCAAUCUCGUUCUCGCUGUAGUAGCAGCAUCGUAUGAAAAUGAAGUGCAAAAUGCUAAGCAGGAAAAUGACAACUUACGCUUCAAACAGAAACAACAGGGCUCCACCUUCUCUCUGCGCAGCCGCAGAAGUAUCUUGAGCCUCGUAUACGGUGAACAAGAUGUGGUUUUGGACGAGACGAUUCACAAAGCCAUGUUCGAUCAAGCAGCAAACACUGAAAACCCUUUAACACCCUCACAAGCCGAGUCAAUUUCUGUUUUUCAAAUAAAACAAAGCCCUCAAGACAUUAAGGACAACACAAUUACAAGAAAAACCCUCACAAACAAUAAUCAAAGCGGGAAUCCAGAGAAAUCCGUCAAAAAGUGUUGUUCUUGCUGCGCUGGGCUAUCUGUGAAGUGCGGAUUUUGGAGAUCAUUUAGAAAACGAGUGAAGCGAGUCGUAGAGAGCAAAGUGUUUGAAGUUGGUAUUAUCAUGAUUAUUCUGAUUAACACUCUGUUCAUGUCUAUACAAUAUCACGGAAUGGACGAGGAUUUGGGCUUAGCGAUUGAUAUUGUUAAUCUGGUCUGUACAUUUAUCUUUCUGGGGGAAAUGAUUCUCAAGCUGAUCGCUUUCAAGUUUCGUGGUUACAUCAAAAGCCACUGGAACAUUUUUGAUGGCGUAGUUGUGGUAAUCAGUCUCAUAGACACUGUCUUGACUCUGUCAAACCUCAUCGACAACACGGGCACAAGUGUAUUGAGAUCAUUUAGACUGGUUCGUAUUCUAAAGCUCGCCAAGUCCUGGGGCACAAUGUCAAGCCUUCUGGCAACAAUAGGUCACAGUCUGGGAGCGCUUGCCAACCUGUCCGUCAUAUUAGCCAUCAUCAUCUAUAUCUUCGCUGUGGUGGGCAUGCAACUGUUUGGUUCUUCCUACACGCCUGAGAAAUUCGACGGCGAAAUUCCUCGGUGGCGAUUCACAGAUUUCUGGCAUUCAUUUUUGCUAAUAUUUCGGAUUAUUUGCGGAGAGUGGAUUGAACCUCUGUGGGACUGCAUGAGGGCUGCAGGGCCAGCUUCCAUUAUACUCUUCAUACCAGCAUUUAUUUUAGGACACUUUAUUAUCUUGAACCUUUUCCUGGCGCUUCUGUUAAGCUCAUUCGCUGGUCAAGCCUCGCCCUCAUCCGCGCAAGGAAAUAAAAAGAAUCGAAUCUUCACGCGCCUAAGAAAGGUCGUGAUUGCGUCGCGUUUCAUCAGGAGAAUCAAAUCCAAAGUCAGGUGGCCUCAAAACAGUGUAUCCCCGACAGAAGAGGUCGUGGAAAUCAGCAAUGGCCAUACAGACACAGUGGGAUCAAUAUCUAGGAGAGCCUCGCAAGUGGACUGCCCGCCUGACUCACCAAAAACAGUAUGUUGCUGUUCCUUGAACACCCGGGAAUAUGAAGUUGACAACUGCUUUCCGACUCAGCGUAGCUGCUGUAGUAGGUUUGAAGAUACCACAUGUCACGUGAUUUGGAUGUGCGUACGUCACAAAGUUAAAUGCUUUGUGGAGCACAAGUAUUUUGAAUGGUUCAUCGUGUUUCUAAUUGCAGCAAGUAGCAUUGCUUUGGCCUUCGAAGACGUCUACUUGGACAGCAGACCAACCUUGAAGGAGGUUUUAAGGGUGCUCAACAUUUUCUUUGCCGCUGUGUUCGUGCUCGAGUUCUUACUCAAAAUCAUCGGUCUCGGUUUCACGUCCUAUUUCUCGAGCGCGUGGAACUGGCUUGAUGUCGUUAUCAUAGUGGUUUCGCUCAUCGCUUUGUUUGGCAAUGAAGAAGUCAUGUCUAUUCGCUCUCUGCGAACACUGAGAGCUUUGCGGCCACUGAGGGCAAUCUCCAGAUUUGAACGCAUGAGGGUGGUGAUCAGCUCUCUGUUUCACGCCAUACCCGGAAUCGCCAAUGUUCUUCUCGUGUGCCUGGUAUUCUGGCUUAUUUUUAGUAUCAUGGGCGUCAAUCUUUUUGGCGGGAAAUUCUACAAGUGUGUCGACGCGCGCGGCGUUAAGUAUGACGCUUCUGUAGUGGCUAACAAGUCCGCAUGCCUUGCAAGAGGAGACCGAUGGAUUAACUCAAACGUUAACUUUGAUAAUUCUGGCAACGGAUUUUUGGCACUUCUUCAAGUGGCUACUUUUGAGGGAUGGAUGGAGGUUAUGGAGGACGCUAUUGAUGCUACUAAGGUGGAUCAACAGCCCGUGAGGGAGAACAAUAUGGCUGCUUACAUGUUCUUCAUUGUGUUCAUUAUUUCUGGAUCUUUCUUUGUCUUAAAUCUUUUCAUCGGUGUCAUCAUCGACAACUUCAAUCAACUCAAGCAACAGAUGGAGGUGUUGGGUUCCGUACAUAUUUUUUUGACUCCAAACCAGAGGAGUUGGAUGAAUGCGAUAAAAAACGCAGCAGCUAAGAAGCCGAAAAAGAAAAUAGCAAGACCAGAGAACCGCUAUCAAGCUGUGGUGUUUGACAUGGUGGAAAAUCGCAAGUUUGAGAUCUUUAUUAUCUUGGUGAUCACAGUGAACAUGAUAGUGAUGAUGGUACAGCAUUAUGAUCAGACACCUCAGGUUACAUUGGUGUUAGAAUACUUCAACAUCGUAUUCACCUGUAUAUUUAUCAUUGAGGCGAUACUAAGAAUUAUCGCCCUGAGAUGGGGAUAUUUUCAACAGCGCUGGAAUGUGUUUGACUUCGUCAUUGUCGUAUUGUCGAUAGUAGGUAUACUUGUGGAGAACCUUAACAAGACAGGCAUCAUCAUAACACCUAAUCUCUUACGUGUUGUUCGCGUAUUCCGAGUUGGCAGACUUCUCCGCUUCUUCGAGAAAGCUAAAGGCAUUCAACGGCUCAUGUUCUCACUUAUAAUCUCCUUGCCAGCGCUGUUCAAUGUGGGAGGCAUACUUUUUCUCAUUAUGUUCAUCUACGCCAUCAUAGGAAUGUCCUUCUUUGCCCAUGUCAAGAAGACAGGCGCUUUGAAUGACGUGGUCAAUUUUGAAACGUUUUUGAACUCGAUGGUGUUAAUUUUUCGCCUUAUGACUGCGGCGGGCUGGAACGAUGUUUUAGAACCAUUGAUGAUCCAGCCGCCAGAUUGUGACCCGAAUUAUAAAGGGCUGUCGAAUGGCAAUUGCGGAAAUGGCUGGAUCGCAGUUUGUUACUUUUCAAGCUUCAUUGUAAUUAUUUUUCUAGUCCUUAUCAACAUGUACGUUGCUGUAAUACUGGAGAAUUAUAACAACGUCAUGGAGCAAGAAAAGAUUGGAAUUACCGGAGAGGACAUAGAUUUGUUCUAUCAACACUGGAUGCUGUAUGACCCAGACAGCACUCAAUACAUUUAUUAUAAAGAUCUGUCGGAGUUUCUGCACACCUUAAAGGGAAACCUGAGAAUUAAACAACCAAACAAGGCCGCAUGCGCGCUCCUGAAUAUACCGCUGUACGAAGACGACAAGAUUUACUGUCUGCACUUGCUGCAGGUUUUGGUAAAGAGAGUUUUAACUGGCUACGAGGAGUUUGAUUCCGAGGAAUUUAACUUACUAAUGAAGCGAAUGGAGGAAAGAUUUCGAGCUGUUUUUCCCGCAGUAACACAUUACCGUCAAACCACCACCACAAUGGAUAAAAACCGCGAGAUUGUCGCCGCAAGGGUUAUAACACGCGCGGUCAGGAGAUACCGGGAAAGGAAACGUAGAGAAGCCUCGUCAUUGAGUGUUGCUGAUGCUGGGAGUAAACCAGACACAGGAAACAUCAAUCAUGGAUUGAAUGAGCAUGAUAUGAACACACUAGUACACGGAGGGUUAAACAGAAGCCGCAUAGCUGACUUAGUACUCUCUGGGGACAGGCUGAGUGAUUCUCUUCCUAAUCUAUACAAAACUAAUCACUUACAGCCGCUGAAAGGUAAAACAAAGGCAACAACUGCAUGGACACCUUCACUGGAAAAAACAGUUUUCACUAGGGUGGACACAGUGAGACAAGGAACACCAAGGUCUGCGCCACUCAAGAAAAUAGACGUGAUGAAACAGCCUACAAUCGAUCACACUAAAAAAAACUAAAAUAAGCAGUGAGCCGAUUGACUCUACAAGCAAACCUAGUUACAGCUGAGUACAAUGUAACAACUGCAAAAAAUCUUCGAAAGAAGUUCCUGCGGCAACAAAACAUGCAAUGUUUUCUGAAUUUUCUUUCUAUUUAUUUUUUUAAGCGUUGGCCUUCCAGUGAGAGCUAUUUUGCAAAUAUGAUAUGUUCAGAUUUAAGUUGUUUAUGUUGUUUGUAACUGAUUGUUUUUCUUGUUGGAGUACAAAUUCUAAGAAAUAUAUUUUGAAAUAGAAUAGACACUGAAUAGAUGAAAUUCUCUGAUAUUUGAACUGCGGGAUAAACAUUUAAGUAGUAGAAAAAUCAUCCCAUACGCAGUUGCGAUAAAGCCCGAAAAACAGUGGAUUUUAUUUGGUUGUGGAUGUAACUGCGAUGGCGUUUCUUCUAAUUUAACUUCUUGUUUUUUUCUUAUUUAAUUUGAAGUGUCCUCUUCGUAAGUUUACACUCGUUCUUCAGUUUGCUGAACCCUCCGGCUGAAAUCAGAUUCACAUAUUAUUUCGAGCGAUAUGCCUCCCUGCGUGAAUCGCCUUGUUUGCGAUCUAAGAUUUUUA